AUGAAGCCUAAGCAAAAUCAAUUUAAGAUUAGCUAAAAAAAAGUUAACUAAAAAGGAGAUAUACUCAAAAAUUUAAGCUAGUAAUAAGAUCCAUAGAAGAGAUAAGAUUAGUUAAAAAGCUAGAAAUUAAAAACCUAAGUUUCAGUAGUUAAAUCAACAUCAAAUUAAUCACUAUAUACUAAUAGUCGAGUUGAUGAUUAUUAGAAAGAUAAUCGUGAUAAUUUAUAAAUAAUGUAGAAAUAAGGUUUAUUUUUAAUACUAUUUUAAGUUUAAACUUUAGUUAAAUCAAAAGAAUUUGAAAGAGCUAAAUAGGUAUACUCAGAAAUAGGUUAUUACUUAUUAUCAAUGGGUUAAUAUCAAUAAGCAAUCCAAUACUUUGAUAAGGCUUUAGCCAUAAAUAAUAGAUUUUUAGAUUCCUUAAAUGGCAAAGGUAGACUUAAUGUAAAUAAUUAAAGCUAAGUGUUUAUAUUAAAUGGGCCAAUAUGAAUAGGCAAUUAAAUUGUUUGACAAAGCAUACUCCAUUAACAAAAAUUUUUUUGUGGAUUAAUAAGAAGAAUACGGUAAUUUAAUAUUUAAAUUUUAAGCUGAAUGCUUACUAUAUUUGGGACAAUUUGAAUAAGCAAUUAAAUUGUAUGAAAAUUUAUAACCAAAAGAAGUUACUCUUCAUCAAAUUGGUAAAAUAAUUUCAAAUAUUUUAAGGUAAAUACUUAUACGAAUUGAAUAAACAUGAAUUGGCUAUUGAAUAUUUUAAUAAAGCAUUGGUCAUAAAUCCACAAUAUGUAGAAUCCUUGCAUUAGAUUGGUAAAUUUAAUUUAAAUAUUUAUAAGUCUUUGCUUAUAAGUAAUGAAACAAUAUGAAUAGGCUAUUGAACAUUUUAAUAAAGCAUUGGUCAUAAAUCCAAAAUAUGUACAAUCCUUGCGCUUCAUGGGUAAAUUUAAUUUAAAUAAAAAGGUUUGUGUUUAUACGAAAUGAAACAAUUUGAAUAGGCUAUUGAAUAUUUUAACAAAGCAUUGGUCAUAAAUCCAAAAUAUAUAGCAUCCUUGCAUUAGAUGGGUAAAUUUAAUUUAAAUAAAAAGGUAUGUGUUUAUACGAAAUGAAACAAUAUGAAUAGGCUAUUGAAUAUUUUAACAAAGUAUUGGCCAUAAAUCCACAAUAUGUAGACUCCUUGCGUUUCAUCGGUAAAUUUUAUUUAAAUAUUUAUAGGUUUUUCCGUAUACAAAAUGAAACAAUUUGAAUAGGCUAUUGAAUAUUUUAACAAAGCAUUGGUCAUAAAUCCAAAAUAUGUAGCACCCUUGCAUUAGAUGGGUAAAUUUAAUUUAAAUAAAAAGGUAUGUGUUUAUUCAGAAUGAAACAAUUUGAAUAGGCUAUUGAAUAUUUUAACAAAGCAUUGGUCAUAAAUCCAAAAUAUGUACAAUCCUUGCGCUUCAUGGGUAAAUUUAAUUUAAAUAAAAAGGUUUGUGUUUAUACGAAAUGAAACAAUUUGGAUAGGCUAUUGAAUAUUUUAACAAAACAUUGGUCAUAAAUCCAAAAUAUAUAGCAUCCUUGCAUUAGAUGGGUAAAUUUAAUUUAAAUAAAAAGGUAUGUGUUUAUACGAAAUGAAACAAUAUGAAUAGGCUAUUGAAUAUUUUAACAAAGUAUUGGCCAUAAAUCCACAAUAUGUAGACUCCUUGCGUUUCAUCGGUAAAUUUUAUUUAAAUAUUUAUAGGUUUUUGCUUACAGAAUAUUGGAGUAGUAAAUGAGGCAAUUAUAUAUCAAUAAAGAGCAUUGGCCCUAGAACCAAAACUUGCAUAUAGCUUGUAUUCCAUUGGUAAAUUAAAUUUUAAAUAUUUAAAGGUUAAUGUUUAUGUCAAAUGGAAGAAGAAUAAGAGGCAAUUGAAUAUUUUUAAAAAGUAUUAGCCAUAAAUCCAAAGUUUCUAUAACCAUAUAUAUAGUAUAAAAUAGGUAAAUUUAAUGUAAAUAAAAAGGUAUGUGUUUAUACAAAUUGAAUAAACAUGAAUAUGCUAUUGAAUAUUUUGAUAAAGCAUUGGACAUAGACCCAGAAUAUGAAGAAUCCUUGCAUUACAUAGGUAAUUUUAAUCUAAAUUAUUUAUAAGGUAUGUGUUUAUACAAAAUGAAAAAAUAUAAAUAGGCUCUUGAAUAUUUUAACAAAGUAUUGCUCAUAAAUCCAAAAUAUAUAGAAUCCUUUGAAUAAGCACGUAAGUUUUGUUUAUAUAUUUGAAGGUGAAUGCUUAAUAAGAAUCAAUGAAGAUUAAUUGUUAAAAUAAUUCAUAUAAAAUUAGUUAACAAAAAGGAAUUGAAUAUAUUUAAUAAAUUAAUNAAAUGAAACAAUUUGAAUAGGCUAUUGAAUAUUUUAACAAAGCAUUGGUCAUAAAUCCAAAAUAUGUAGCACCCUUGCAUUAGAUGGGUAAAUUUAAUUUAAAUAAAAAGGUAUGUGUUUAUUCAGAAUGAAACAAUUUGAAUAGGCUAUUGAAUAUUUUAACAAAGCAUUGGUCAUAAAUCCAAAAUAUGUACAAUCCUUGCGCUUCAUGGGUAAAUUUAAUUUAAAUAAAAAGGUUUGUGUUUAUACGAAAUGAAACAAUUUGGAUAGGCUAUUGAAUAUUUUAACAAAACAUUGGUCAUAAAUCCAAAAUAUAUAGCAUCCUUGCAUUAGAUGGGUAAAUUUAAUUUAAAUAAAAAGGUAUGUGUUUAUACGAAAUGAAACAAUAUGAAUAGGCUAUUGAAUAUUUUAACAAAGUAUUGGCCAUAAAUCCACAAUAUGUAGACUCCUUGCGUUUCAUCGGUAAAUUUUAUUUAAAUAUUUAUAGGUUUUUGCUUACAGAAUAUUGGAGUAGUAAAUGAGGCAAUUAUAUAUCAAUAAAGAGCAUUGGCCCUAGAACCAAAACUUGCAUAUAGCUUGUAUUCCAUUGGUAAAUUAAAUUUUAAAUAUUUAAAGGUUAAUGUUUAUGUCAAAUGGAAGAAGAAUAAGAGGCAAUUGAAUAUUUUUAAAAAGUAUUAGCCAUAAAUCCAAAGUUUCUAUAACCAUAUAUAUAGUAUAAAAUAGGUAAAUUUAAUGUAAAUAAAAAGGUAUGUGUUUAUACAAAUUGAAUAAACAUGAAUAUGCUAUUGAAUAUUUUGAUAAAGCAUUGGACAUAGACCCAGAAUAUGAAGAAUCCUUGCAUUACAUAGGUAAUUUUAAUCUAAAUUAUUUAUAAGGUAUGUGUUUAUACAAAAUGAAAAAAUAUAAAUAGGCUCUUGAAUAUUUUAACAAAGUAUUGCUCAUAAAUCCAAAAUAUAUAGAAUCCUUUGAAUAAGCACGUAAGUUUUGUUUAUAUAUUUGAAGGUGAAUGCUUAAUAAGAAUCAAUGAAGAUUAAUUGUUAAAAUAAUUCAUAUAAAAUUAGUUAACAAAAAGGAAUUGA